UUGGGCUGGUGCUGCGGACAGGACAGAAGCUCCUAGAAUUAUAGCAGCCAAGUGUGGCCGUUUGUUCAGCUCAGCUGGGCCAACGCAGGCAUUCGAUAGUGCCUGAAUGAUUACGGAGCAGGGUUUCUCAGCACCUUCAGCCGUCCAUCAGCGUAGAUAAUCAGACAUUUACUGCCCAGGCGAAGCAAAAGUGGCUAAAUGGAAGUGAUGUGGUCACCAAGGCCCCUCCUCCUGGCUGUAGUCCUGUGCUCGGUGCUCUCUGUGGUGCGUGUAAAGACCGCCCCUUGCCAAGCCUGUCGCAAACUCACAGAGAACUUCAUGAAGGGUCUGGAACGAACAGCCAAUAAGAACUUUGGGGGUGGGAACACGGCAUGGGAGGAGGAGAAACUGGCUAAAUAUGCACGCAGUGAGACCAGACUGCUGGAGAUUGUGGAGUCAGCGUGCGAGAGCUCAGACUUUGACUGCAACAGACUCCUGGAGCAGAUAGAGGACCAAGUGGAGACAUGGUGGUUCCACAGACAACAGGAGGCACCAGAUCUGUUUGAGUGGUUAUGCAUUGAUGAACUCAGGCUAUGUUGUCCACCGGGGCGUUUUGGACCCGACUGUGCUGAGUGUCCCGUGGGGCCUGGCGGGGUGUGUGGCGGCCUGGGGCGCUGUGAGGGGGAGGGGACACGCCUGGGGGGCGGAGAGUGCGUCUGUGACCCGGGCUACUCCGGGCAGCUGUGCCAGGGCUGUGCGGACGGCUACUACAGAGAAAAGACCUCCAAUGACACACAGGCUUCCUGCUCAGCAUGCUACCAUGCCUGUAAAAGGUGUUCUGGGCCUGAGGACUACAAAUGCCUGGACUGCAAGGCGGGCUGGUCUCUUCAUGACCACAAGUGUGUGGACAUGGAUGAGUGUGGUACAGAACUGGCCCGAUGUCCCUCCAACACGUACUGCUUUAACACAGAUGGCUCCUAUGAAUGCAGAGGCUGUGACCAGGCCUGUGUGGGCUGCAUGGGCAGCGGCCCAGCCCGCUGUAAGAAGUGUUCCCGCGGCUACAGACUGACGGGAGCCAAGUGCCUGGACGUGGAUGAGUGUGCUGAGCGCUCUAUUGCGUGUCCUGGCCUCAACGAGAUCUGUAUUAACGAGGAGGGGUCCUUCCACUGUGAGUGUGCGGAGGGGUACCAGCGCAAGGAGAGCAUCUGUGUAGAGAACCUGCCCCCUUCGGGCCCGGAGAAGGGUCUGUUUGAGGACAUGACGGACGACGAGGUGCUGGUUCUGCAGCAGAUGUUCUUCGGGGUGGUGAUCUGCGCGCUGGCCACGCUGGCCGCCAAGGGGGACAUGGUCUUCACCGCCAUCUUCAUCGGGGGCGUGGCCGCCAUGGCCGGGUACUGGCUGUCGGAGAAAGGGGACCGCAUGCUGGACGGGUUUCUGCGGGGGCGCUAGCCCGUCGGGAAUAAGCCACGGGGUGCGGAGCGGGGAGAAAUGUGAGGAGUGGGGAGCGAACGCGGCAUUAGGAAAAGGAAGGGAACAAAUAAGAAGUACACUGGAGUGGGUGUGAGACGCUGACUGGAACAAGCUCAUACCUGGAGAGGACAUGGCCAUCCACCCUUCAGCCGGGGCAGGGGGACCGGCAGCACCAGUCACGGGGGAGCCCCACUGGGCUUUCAUCAUUUAUUGUAAUUAUGCAUUGCACUGGAGGUGAGGGAGUACUCCAAAAAUGCUGAAAAUCAUCCCCCUCCCCCCAACAAAGAAAAUUGUUGCUUGAAACCUCAGGACUCAAACCCCCAUCCUCCCUUUUCCUGCCCCCCCCGGCCGCACACAAUCCUCUCCAUAAUAUUUCAGUUUUGGGAUUUGGGAGGUGGGGGGCGAUGGGGAGAGCGCUGAAACGGUAAAGUGUCCAGACGUCUGCCACACCGUGCUGAUUUAUCCACCGAGACUGGAUUGUGUGGGGAGUCACUCCUGUGGCAGCCGUCAGUACACACAGUUUAAGAGGAAGGCAUGAGGGGACAGGAAAUGUGAAAAUGCUGCUGUUCUCUUUUUUUGCGUGUUUUACAGAGAAAUUGUUGAAUGCAUGAGCUGUUUACUGUAAGAAGAGUGUGUUGUAGCCUCAUGACGAACACAGAAAGGUGUGGACUUGUUUUUUUUUCAGGCAGGAUUUUUAAUGCACAGUGAUAGUCACUAUAGCUUUGCCACCUAUGAAUACCUACAGACCCAGCAGCAAUAUCGUGUGUGUGUGUGUGUGUGUGUGUGUGUGUGCCUGUGUGUGCGUGCGUGUGUGCGUGUCUGUGUCUGUGUGUGUGUGUGUCUGUGUCUGUGCGUGUCUGUGCGUGCGUGCGUGCGUGUGUCUGUGUGCACGUGAACUGUCCCCCACCUGCACUGAAGCGGUCUUAUUUAUUUUGUAGCCAUCAUGUUUUAAUUGUGUUUAAAGUUUAAGAGUUUAUUUGUUUGUUUUCCCCAACCACUUAUAUCUUUGCAAUUGUAUACUGCAUCUGUACAGUAGGCGCGUGUGCGAAGUGACAUGCUAUAUUCUUACCUUAAUGUCAUCCUUGUGUUCAGUGAGAAAUACACCACUUUUCCGUUCUGAAUGAAUUCUCUACUGUUUAGUGGAUACGUGCAGUUUGUGAAAGGGCUUUUCAGUCAUUAUUGUCCAGCAGCAUGGAUUUAAACUGCCAUCCUCACAUCUCUCUUCAGUCAGUCUGUCUGUCUAUAGUGAGGAUGACAGUUUUCCAUCUUGUCCUUGUUUAUUAGUAAUCGCAGCUCACCAAAGCCUGUUCAUUUCCAUGUCUGUUUGUCAACCUAUAAGCAUUUUGCAGUUAAGCGAAAAUGUGCCCUGUGUAUUUUACCUCACUAGUCACUUACCUCACUGAGACGUGUGUGCAUGUGUACGUGUGUGUGUGUGUGUGUGUGUGUGCGUGCGUGUGCGUGUGCGCGUGUGUGCGAGUGUGCGAACGAGCGAGCGUAUGCCUUUCAUCCGUCCCUUGUUAAGACGCACUCCUCUGGCUGUGUCUGUGAGCUGCACUCUACCUGUGGCGAGGUCUUUGUAAUUAUGCCAUUAGCUACACUGUAAAUUAUUGACAAUGUGAAAACCGCCUGCAUCUCUCUUGGCCUGCUGUGGUGCUUUACCUAACCUGUACAUGUACGUCAGGAAAACUGCACUUCUUUACAUUAUUAAAAAAAAAAGAAACUUCA